AUGCUCUCCUCCGUCUCGAUACAGAAGACAGCGCGCAGCACUUCGUACACCCCAAACCAACGCAGCGUUUCCCUAGAAGACAAAGACAAAGACAAAGACAAUGACAAAGACAAAGACAAAGACCAAGAUAGAGAUAAAGACAGAGAUAAAGAUAAAGGCAGAGAUGAAGACAAAGACAGAGAUAAAGAAGACAGAGAUAAAGACAGAGACAUAGAUGAAGACAUGCGUGAAGACAAAGAUACAGACAGAGAUAAAGACAGAGAUAAAGACAAAGACAUAGAUGAAGACAGAGAUGAAGACAGAGAUAAAGACAAAGACAUAGAUAAAGACAAAGAUGAAGACAAAGAUACAGACAGAGAUAAAGACAGAGAUGAAGACAAAGACAAAGACAAAGACAGAGACAGAGAUAAAGACAGAGAUAAAGAUGAAGAUGAAGACAAAGACAUAGAUGAAGACAUUGACAAAGAGAUAAAGCAAAAGACAGAGAAAGAAAUAAAAAAUAAAAUAGAAAACAUGCGGAGGGACUGUUCUCACGCUUGGGAUAGAGAAAGCAGCAGCAACCACAGAGGCAGCAACAACAGCAACUGCAGCAGCAACAGCAACUUAGAUCUGUCCAUAGAUGCACAGCCGAUGCAGGAGUAG